UCUGCUCAAAGCAGGACAGGGCUGCCUAAUCUGAGGUCCCCAUCUGCCUCACCAACAUCGUACAUUGGCCAGAAAAUCUCCUACUGAAUUAUCUGGGUCUGGUUUCCAUGACAGUAUGUUUCUAAUGUAUGACUCUGUGUAGGUGAGAUCCUUGGGUAGUGGGGGAGGAAAUGGGUUUAUCCAGCAUCUUAAUCUUCCCAAAUUGUAUGUGAGAGGAGGUAGUUUGUAACUUGGAAUGGAAGAGGAAAACAUUACUAUUACCUUGAGUCCUAUGGGGACCACUAAAGCACAGCUGGUCUGAAGGUCUUCUCUUCUUUCAGAUCUUGGGUCUUUGACUUUGCUCUUCUGGUAGAGAAACCCUGAGGACUGAUCAACUCUUGCCUGUCUCAAACCAUGGCCUGUGGAUCAAUAACAUUUGGGGAUGUGGCCAUAGACUUCUCUCAUCAGGAGUGGGAAUAUCUCAACCUGGUUCAGAAGACCUUGUACCAGGAGGUGAUGAUGGAGAACUACGAUAACUUAGUCUCAUUGGCAGGACAUUCCAUAUCUAAGCCAGAUUUAAUCACCUUAUUGGAGCAAGGAAAAGAGCCAUGGAUGAUUGUGAGGGAAGAAACAAGAGGAGAGUGUACAGAUUUGGAUUCAAGAUGUGAAAUAAUCAGCGAUGGGAAAAUGAAGCUUUAUAGGAAACACUCAUCUGUUACUCUCCAUCAGAGAAUUCAUAAUGGACAGAAACCAUAUGAGUGUAAGGAAUGUCAGAAGGCCUUUAGUCAUCUUACAGAACUCAUGGUACAUCAAACAAUUCAUACUAGUGAGGAACCUGAUCAACGUGAAGAGUUUGGGAAGGCAUUUAGCCAUCUUACAGACCUUAGAGAGCAUCAGAAAAUUUAUGCUCGUGAGAAACCUUAUGAAUGUGAAGAAUGUGGGAAGGUCUUCAGUUACCCUGCAAACCUUGCUCAACAUGGGAAGGUUCAUGUUGAGAAACCCUAUGAAUGUACAGAGUGUGGGGAAGCUUUUAGGACUAGCCGUCAACUUACUGUACAUCAUAGAUUUCAUUAUGGUGAGAAACCCUAUGAAUGUAAGGAAUGUGGCAAGGCCUUUAGUGUGUAUGGACGACUUAGUCGACAUCAGAGUAUUCACACUGGUGAGAAGCCCUUUGAAUGUAACAAAUGUGGGAAGUCCUUUAGGCUCAAAGCAGGCCUUAAAGUACAUCAGAGUAUUCAUACUGGGGAGAAGCCACAUGAAUGUAAGGAAUGUGGAAAGGCCUUUCGUCAGUUUUCCCACCUUGUGGGUCAUAAAAGAAUUCAUACUGGAGAAAAACCCUAUGAAUGCAAGGAAUGUGGGAAGGGCUUUACAUGUAGGUAUCAACUUACCAUGCAUCAGAGAAUUUAUUCGGGGGAGAAACCUUAUGAAUGUAAAGAAAAUGGGGAGGCUUUUAGUAGUGGUCAUCAACUUUCUGCACCUCAUACAUUUGAAAGUGUUGAGAAACCUUAUAAGUGUGAGGAAUGUGGGAAAGCCUUUAGUGUGCAUGGACGACUUACUCGACAUCAGGGUAUUCAUAGUGGUAAGAAACCCUAUGAAUGUAACAAAUGUGGGAAGUCCUUUAGGCUCAAUUCAUCCCUUAAAAUACAUCAAAAUAUUCAUACCGGUGAGAAACCCUACAAAUGUAAGGAGUGUGGGAAGGCCUUCAGUCAGCGUGCACACCUUGCCCAUCAUAACAGAAUUCAUACUGGUUACAAACCCUUUGAAUGUAAAGAAUGCGGGAAGUCCUUUCGUUGUGCCUCUUAUCUUGUUAUACAUGAGAGAAUUCAUACAGGAGAGAAACCGUAUGUAUGUCAAGAGUGUGGGAAGGGUUUUAGUUAUAGCCAUAAACUCACUAUACACCACAGAGUUCAUACUGGUGAGAAACCUUAUGAAUGUAAGGAAUGUGGGAAGGCCUUUAGUGUAUCUGGACAACUUACUCAGCAUCUGAGUAUUCACAGUGGUAAGAAACCCUUUGAAUGCAACAAAUGUGGGAAGUCUUUUAGGUUCAUUUCUGUACUUAAAGCCCAUCAGAAUAUUCAUAGCGCUGAGAAACCCUACGAAUGUAAGGAAUGUGGCAAGGCCUUUCGUCAUGCCACAAGCCUCAUAUAUCAUGACCAAACUCAUGCUGGUGAAAAGUCCUAUGAAUGUAAAGAAUGUGGGGAAACUUUUAGUCAUGCUUCACAUCUUAUUAUACAUGAGAGAAUUCAUACCGGUGAUAAGCCCUAUGAAUGUAAAAGAUGUGGGAAGGCAUUUCGCUGUGCCUCAUAUCUUGUUAGACAUGAAAGGAUUCAUGCUGAUGGAAAUCCCUAUAUGUGUGAAGAGUGUGGGAAAGCUUUUAAUAGUAGCCAUGAACUUAGUAUACAUCAUAGAGUUCACACUGGUGAGAAGCCCUUUAAAUGUAACAAAUGCAGAAGGUCCUUUAGGCUUAGAUCCAUCCUUGAAGUACAUCAGAGAAUUCAUAUUUGAUAGAGAAAUUGUAGCAUAUACAGGUAGUAAAGAAAGCACAUUGUGUCAAUGGAUUUAUCCCACUGAACAAUUUGAAUGAAGACAAUGUGGAAUGGCUUUGAGAUACAGUUCAGUUUUGUUUUUU